GUCAAAUUUUGUGAAAAGUCAAAAACAUUUAUAAUUUUUGUUUCUUACAAAAACUGUUCAUAUGAAAUUACCAUUAGAGAUUCAAUGCACGAAAUCUUAUAUGAUUAAUGUCACUUUGUCAGUUAUUGUUCAAUUAGACAUCAAAAUUGCCUGCCAAAUGUAAUACUAAUACCGAUGGCUUUCAUUAAAUCUAUUUCGAAUAUUCUUAGACCCACUUUUUCUCGUAAUCCGAUGAGAACCUGCUCUACAGAAUCAUGGAAGAAACUGAAUUUUACAGAUAAAGUAGCUGUAAUAACUGGAGGUGCAUCAGGGAUAGGAUAUAACAUCGCCAAAGAAUUCCUUACUCAUGGUAUGCUAGCUGUUACCCUUGUUGAUAAUAAUAAAGAGAAACUGGAAAAAAGUGCGGAAACUCUGAUAGAUGAAUUUGGAGAUUCUAAAGUUGUUCAAUAUGAAGCAGAUGUUUCAGAUAUCGAUGAAAUGGAUAAAGCCUUUAGAAACACUUCUAUGUAUUUUCAGGUUAUUGAUGUGAUAGUAAACAACGCCGGAGUAUUAGAUGACACCAAUUGGGAAAAACAGUUGAACAUCAAUAUGAGAGGUUGUAUAAUAGGAACGUUAUUAGGCAUGCAGUACAUGGCGAAAUCUAGCGCUGGGGAAGGAGGAAUAAUCGUGAAUGUUGCAUCGAUUAUGGGUAUUUUACCUUCGAAUGGUUUUCCCAUACACACCAUGACCCAAUUCGGAAUAGUUGGUUUCACCAGAGCUUUGGGUUCGAGUAAACUCUACGAAAGGACAGGCGUUAAGGUUUUCGGAUAUUGCCCCGGCCUAACGGAUACUGAAUUAUUCAAAGAUGACUUGACGGAUAAAACUAUCAAUCAAAAUUUUUUCAAUGAAUUUCAUAACGAAUCCAAACAUAACGUCAAGCAAAAUCCUGAAAUUGUAGGAAAAAAUCUUGCACGCAUCCUAGAUCUUGCGAAGCCCGGUUCGAUAUGGGUUACUGAAAAUAACAAAACUGCUUACGAAAUGGAUUAUUCAAAAGCAAUUAAAAAAAAGGAGUAUCAACCAGAGGAAGAAGAAUCUGAGAUUGACAAGCAAACGAACUAACCAAGUCAUUUUUGUUUUUGUUUCAAAUGUCUAUUCGUUUCUGUAAUAUAUUGUUCGAUAAAAAUAUUGUAUGAAGAACUAAUUACGGAAUAUAUUUAAACAGUAUGCGAAA